CUCAUCCUUGUCCCCUUCAAGCCACUGGACCUGCAAUGGGUGACCAGCGCCUUCACCACUGGAGAGAUCACACACACGUACAUGAGAGUGAAACAGUUCAUCAAAGCUGACAGAAACAAGGUGCUGAUCCUGAGCCCAGCUUUCCUCAAGUACAUCCAUGACAACUGGAUGCAGCACCAUGGGCGGUACCCCUCCACUGGCUUCACGGCACUACUCUUUGCCUUGCACACUUGCCAGCAGGUCUCUGUGUUUGGCUUCGGUGCAGACAGCGAAGGGAACUGGCACCACUACUGGGAGAAAAACCGCUGGUCUGGAGCCUUUCGCAGGACGAGGGUCCAUGAUGCUGACACAGAAUUCAGCCUUAUCAAGAGACUGGCAGCUGAAGGCAAGAUUUUAUUCUACAAAUAA